AUUCCUUACGGAUCGAUCAUUUCCUCAAAGCCUGCUGCUACAAUCACAUACCAUACCUCAUCUACCUAUCAUCAUAACCCAAUAGUCGGUGGAUACUCAUUAUUGGAGUGACUUAAUUUUCAUCAAAGACAAUGAUAUAUGUCUGGUAUUAUUAUCACCUGGAAAAAUAAGGAUUCAAACGAUUUUUCACCAUGGAUUGAAGAAGUGCUUUGUAACUGUUUGCACGUCUCUCUUUUUCAUAAUUGUUUCCCAUUGUGAGUGAAGAAUCAUUUCAAACUGAUAUGGGAUCUAUCUUCGCCCAAUGAUGGUGACCAAAAGACAACUAUACCAUAGAUAUCGAGGAAGGGUGUGAGAACUAUCCGGAGGAAAGCAAAUCAAUGACCCCCACCUCAACACCGGAGGACUCCCCUAGAGUCGAAAUGGACGAUCCAAAUAUUGUCAAAGGAUAUCGGGGAAAUUCGUGGGUUUUCGAGAAUAAAUUAGGCGUGGCCGAAGAUCUCCGAUACCUGUCGCACAUGCCCGAACUUUGUGACGUAACCUUCCUUGUUGGAGAGUCGAGAGAACCUAUCUGCGCAGUGCGGGCUAUUUUGGCUGCAAGGAGCAGAAUAUUCCACAAGUUGCUGUAUUCAGCAGCCCGAGGGACUCCACGUAAGAAGAAUGUAUCGGCAACAGACAAACUCGGGAAGAAAGUAUCGCAGAUGAUACGGAGAAGUAGUAUUGACCUGGGAGAAGAUUAUAGCGCCAUCAGUUGUCCGAGAACGAUUACAAUUGAAGAGUUUGAUCCGCCCGUGUUUCGUCAACUAAUCCAAUACUGCCAUACUGGCUGCGUUACUCUCAAACCUAAGAUUGUGCUAGGUUUGAUGAAUGCAUCUGAUCAUUAUGGUCUUGACGAAUUAAGACGAGCAUGUAUGACUUAUCUUCAGAACUGUGUUAACAUCGACACCGUGUGUUUACUACUGCGUUCUGCUGAGAGAUACAUUCAGUAUAAAUCUACCAAAUCGCUAGUACAAAAGGCACUCGAGUUUGUGGACAUAAACGCAGAGUCGGUCUUAAGACUACCUGCCUUUACAGCACUACCAAGUCACGUGGCCAGACUUAUUUUAUCACGUGAUGAGCUUCAGGCAGAUGAACUCAUCAAAUUCCAAGCUGCACUCGCCUGGAGUCGUGCAUACAUAGAAAAACAUCCCACCUCAACGCUCCGUGACGUCAUGACCCCAUUUGUAGACAGCAUUUCGUUUCAUCUGAUUCCGGCAACAACACUCAUGCAGACGGUUAAACCUACCGGUUCGGUUCCGGAUCACAAAAUUAUGACCGCUCUGGCAUACCAAGCUGAUCCGAGCAGCCUCGAACCCGGUAGUAUUGUGACGUCACCAGCAAGAUUGCGAUUAUCAAUGCUUAGCCUGAAUGUAAUAGAUUCGCCGACAACCUCUUCGAGACAAACGAGAUCAGACAACUCUUCGUCGUCGCUUAAAUCAGCGACGUCGUAUACGUCGUUGAACACGUCGCGUGCGAGCGGCAUCGAUAGAAUCCCACUAGACAAUGAUGCAGGUAUACCUGAAAUUAGUGAUCACACAGUAGAUCUCGAUGAUGACCUUGAACAUGAUGUAAUACACGAUAACAAUAACGAUACUAGCGGGUAUAUCGAGAACGGUGAUCGAGUGAACGAAUGCGACGAUGAUGACGCAGGUGUUGAUGACGAGGCUGACUCAGAUGAGCGUCAUGAUCAGGUUGAGUUGAUGUUUAGACGUGAUCGUUGCUUUAGUCCACAAUGUUUAAGUGAUACAAAUACGAGUUGUUCAAUGUCAACAUGUUCUGAUUGGACUGAUACGAGUAGCAGUGCGGGAGGUAGCUUUGGACGAGCCGACCAGAAAGAAAGUAAUUUCAAACUUCUCCUUCCCGAAUAGGCUUUCACAAUUUCCAUUAUUUAUAUAACUUGCCCGAUAAUGAUAGAGGAUAAUGUCUUCGUUUGUCAAGCGUUUAUUUUCUUAAUUGUUAUUAUUCAUACACAUCAAUACAGCCAUGGUAUGAUAUAAAUAUUUACAGCUGUAAUUAUUAUGAUUUUAAUAAUGAUAGAUGAAUCCACUUAGGGUUCUUGGUUGUAUCUCAUAUUUGCUGUUCAACAGUCACGCAUUGGUAGUACGGCUGAUGACCUCCUGGCUGCCAAACCGAAUUAUUAACUGUUUUUACUCUAAUCAGCUAAAAAUCAUUUAAAACUUAAUAAUUUAUCAAAUGUUGAUAAAGGUUAUGGAAAAUCAUCUCCCUCUUUGUUUAAACAGGGCGAAUCGGGUAACAAAUUGAGGUCAAGAAUAACGCCAAAAAUCAUGCGUAAAUUAUUCGUUACUCAAGAACAGCUUCGUGACAUGCUACUCUGAAUUAAAUCUUAAUCUUAUACUUUUUGUGAAAUGGCAUUAUAUUCAUAUUCAAAAUCGUAUACAAUCAUGCGAAAAAAAAAUGAUCUGCGAACAUGGUGAAAUUACGCGAAACUUCGAAAUGUCAUAACAUUCGUUAAUAUUGCUUCAGAUUGUUAUACAUAAAAAAGACUUUUAGACUGAAAAUGCUGGUCUUGACCUUUAUCCAAUAAACUUAACCUUACAACUUGAACUUGUUUUUUUGUGCAAAGGGCUGAGGGCCCUUGGGUAUUAUGUCAAUGAAAAGGACCCCCCCCCCAACAAAAGAAAGCAAUGUUUAGUAUCAGGGUUAACACAUAUCGUUAAAGAAAUCGAUGCCGGUGUUAAAUCGACUUCGUCAGAUUUUUUUUCAGAGUUUCAGUAUCGACGAGCUAAAACAAUGUUUGCCUUUUCUGUGAUAAAUCAGAUGUUAUAGGUAUCUGCACGAGAUGUUAUAAGUAUAAAUGCAGGCACACGCAUGAUAUUUAUAUGCAAAAUAGAUAUGUAAUAUAAGGUUGUUAAAUAGCUCUCUGUCUCUAUUUAAUUUUCGAUAUGACGUGACUACUUAAUGAACUAGUGAAACAAAAAACAAAUACGUUAAGUUGAGUUUUGUAAAGUUGACAAAAUGUAAAUAAAUCUGUCACUUCUUAGCUUAAUACAUGAAGUGUUUAUUUAUUGUGUAUAUACAAUACCCACAUUACUUAUACAUCUCAUUGAAAUAGUUUCCUUGUAUAUUUAUGUGUAACUAUAAUAACGAGAGAAAAAAGGGACAAUCGGGCGAAACCAGUCUGUUAAAGGGGAAUCCAGCCUUGGUCAUAAAUGUUGUGUUAGAAAAAAUAAAUACAAGAGAAUGGUGAAAGUUUUAAAGAAAUCGGACAAGCAAUAAGAAAGUUAUGGCUGCUUUAAAAUUGAGAUCCCUAAGACUAUGUAGGUUUCAAAUUGGCAACUGUGUAAUUGAAUUAUGACAAGGGACAAGGACAACUUUCCCAUAGGCCAUGUACUUAACUUUAAGGGAUUUUUGUUUUCUCCUUAGUACUCAUUCACCUGGGGCAGUAAUCAAAAGAUAACCCAGAUAGUAUAUUGUUUGGUAUCCUCGUGAAAAAAAAAUAAUAUGAAGUAAAACUUAAAAAAAUGAAAUUUUAGCCAUUUUAUGUAUUGGAGUGCAUGGAAGUGUAGUCCUUUUCUUACAUUAUGACAUCACAUACUAGUAUGCGGCCAAGGAUCACCAAUUUUUACAACUUCUAAAAUAUUUAUAACUUUCUUAUUGUUUGGCCGACAUUAUUCAAACUUUCACCUAUCAACUUGUCUUGAGUUUUUUCCCCUCCAAACAAAGGUUUUGAGUUAGAUUACCCUUUAAUUAUCGUUUGUGCACCUCGUUAAAGAAAUUAUUAUGUGACACAUCGAGACCUAAUGACGAUUAUUUUGCAGUCACAGAGAUACGAUCUAACAGAUACGUAAGCUCCCGAAGGGAGCAGUUUAGAAGAGCAGUUUGAAGUUUAGUUUGCAGUUUAGAAGAGCGCCAUCUUCGAUGACAUGAACUAGAUGAAGCGCUCGUGCAAGAUUCGGUUUAUCUUGAGAUUAUUCACAAUCAUGCAAUCAUGUUAGCGUAGCCCGUCAGGGCUGUAGCCAGGAAUUCUUGGGGGGGGGGGUUCUGAAUUGUAAAAAGUGAUCCUUUUCCCCAUACACAUUCUUACCAAAUACCAAGAAAACUCAAUUAACAUUAAUUUUCGGGGCGGGGGUCAUUGGAAACCCUGGAACUCUCCAUCCAACAUGUCCAAGCUAAAAUGAAUGAAUUUCCUCUUUCUGUUAGCAAACGGCAGGGUUCCACGGAACCCAGGGACCCCCCCCCCCCCCGGUUCCGGCCCUGCGAUUGAUGUAGAAGUAAUCUAUCUUAAACAAAAUUAAUUUAGGUCAAUUGAUUUGAAUAUAUCACAAAUAUCUGAAGGUCAGGUCAUACUCACUUUUACAUGUUUUUUAAUGUUCACGGACUUGCUGAAAAGCAGUCUGUUAUGACUGAAUGUAAGUUUUACCGUGAUUAAAUAAAUACAAUACAUUACUAUAAACUUGCAUUAUAACAUUAUAAAUAAGACUAAAUAGACGAAUACUCACAUUUUGAAAUGUAAACAUUAGGUUGCUACGCAUUUUAGUUUUAAAAGGCAUUUUACAUUAUUGAAUCUUGACAAACAGUUUGUCCUCGAGUACACUUUCCAGCAUAUAUAAUGAGUACCAGAAAACCCCGUCAUAUGCAACAACGCUUUUCAGCCAAUCAAAAUAAAAAAGAGUUGUGGAUGAAAAGUAUUUACUGAAACCUUGUCAUGUUCUUUAUGUUUUCUGAUGGCAUUGAGUACUCCAUCUUAUUUCUUGCAGUAGUCAACAGUUUGUAAAUGUGGUUGUUUAUCUAUAUACAUAAUGAGUGAGGUAGAUUGAACCAUGAUGUAAAGCAAUUAAAUUAAUAAUA